GAGAGGUAAAGCAGGGAGCCGUUCGAGAUCGCUGCUCCUCGGAGGGCGUUCGAGUUCAAUUAAGUUCCUUAUGUCUUCCCCUGAAAUUGCUUCCCUCUCAUGGGGGCAAAUGAAAGUACACGGCUCUACUAAAAUCUAUAAGGACUGCAAAGUGUGGCCAGGGGGAAGUCGGGCUUGGGAUUGGAGAGAAACAGGAACUGAGCAUUCUCCUGGUGUGCAGCCUGCAGAUGUGGAGGAAGUUGUCGAGAAGGGUGUGCAGAUCCUUGUCAUUGGCCGAGGGAUGAGCGAGGCCUUGAAGGUACCCCCAUCAACUGUGGAAUACCUCAAGAAAAAAGGCAUUGAUGUGCGGGUCCUCCAGACAGAGAAGGCAGUGAAGGAGUAUAAUGCCUUGGUUACCCAAGGCAUCAGGGUGGGAGGGGUCUUCCAUUCCACCUGCUGAUGGAGCCUUAAGAGAAUAAAUCACUAAGCAAUGA